GGUGCCAGCCAGUGUGUGCGAGUGUGUCUGCGUGCCCGCGCCUGGGCGGACCGACCCGGAGCGGCGGUGCGACUCGCGAGGAGAGGCCGCUCCGCACGGGCGCCUGGCCCGCGGCCGCUGCGGGGGAUCCGCUGCAAACUUGCGGCGGGCGCCGUCCGCCCUCGCUGCCUGGGCAGCCGGCACGCGUGCGGGGCGCGGUGCCCGCGGCCGGCCGGGGCGGCGGGGCCGGGCCGCGCCUUCGCCCUUGGCCAGCGCCCUGGCCAGCCUCAUGCAGCCCCCGCGCUCGGGGCCGCAGCUGCCCGGCUGCCCGGGGCAGGUCCAGGACCGGAGCCGCUCCACCCAGCGCCUGAGCGCGGGCGGCGGGAUGCCCCGCGUGGCCUGAGAGCGCGCCCGGCGCCCCGGCGGGAGCAGGAGGCGGCCCGAGCCGGGAGCUCCCGGGAGCGCAGGGCGCCCCGCGCCGCAGCCUCGACCGCACGCGCCGGCGCCCGCCUGCCCGUCUCCAGCGCCGGAGUGCUGCGGGGCCGCCAGCCAGCCGCACGUCUGGGCGUCAGGGGCAUGGAGGAUCGGCGGGCUCGGAGCCGCGCCCCUGAGUCCCCGAAACUUCCGAGCGGGCGCCCGUCUGCGCCGCUGCCGCCGCCGCCGCCGCUUUGCCUGCCGGCCUGAGAGCGGGACCAUGGAUGAAAGGUUCAACAAGUGGCUGCUGACGCCGGUGCUCACUCUCCUCUUCGUGGUCAUCAUGUACCAGUACGUGUCCCCCUCCUGCACCAGCUCCUGCGCCAACUUCGGGGAGCCGCCCCGCGCGGGGGAGGCCGGCCAGCCCGCCGCCGCCGCCGCCCGCCGGGCACAGGCGCCGCUCGAAGACCGGGAGCGGCGGCCCCAGCUGCCCCCGCCACCCCGGGGACCGCCCGAGGGGGUUCGGGGGGCCGUGGCGCCGGAAGACGAGGACGAGGAGCCCGGGGACCCGGAGGAGGAGGGGGAGACAGAGGAGGAAGAGGAGCCGGACCCCGAGGCCCCGGACAACGGCUCUCUGCCCCGGUUCGUGCCGCGUUUCAACUUCACCCUGAAGGACCUGACCCGCUUCGUGGAUUUCAACAUCAAAGGGCGCGACGUGAUCGUGUUCCUGCACAUCCAGAAGACCGGGGGCACCACGUUCGGCCGGCACCUGGUGAAGAACAUCCGCCUGGAGCAGCCGUGUAGCUGCAAGGCGGGCCAGAAGAAGUGCACCUGCCACCGGCCCGGCAAGAAGGAGACGUGGCUCUUCUCGCGCUUCUCCACCGGCUGGAGCUGCGGGCUGCACGCCGACUGGACGGAGCUCACCAACUGCGUGCCGGCCAUCAUGGAGAAAAAAGACUUUCCCCGCAACCACAGCCACACCAGGAAUUUCUAUUACAUCACCAUGUUGCGCGAUCCCGUGUCCCGAUACCUGAGCGAGUGGAAGCACGUCCAGAGAGGGGCUACGUGGAAAACCUCCCUCCACAUGUGUGACGGGAGAAGCCCCACCCCUGAUGAGCUCCCUACCUGCUACCCCGGGGACGACUGGUCUGGGGUGAGCUUGCGGGAGUUCAUGGACUGCACCUACAACCUGGCCAACAACCGCCAGGUGCGCAUGCUGGCCGACCUCAGCCUGGUGGGCUGCUACAACUUGACUUUCAUGAACGAGAGCGAGAGGAACGCCAUCCUGCUGCAGAGCGCCAAGAACAACCUGAAGAACAUGGCCUUCUUCGGGCUCACGGAAUUCCAGCGGAAGACACAGUUUCUCUUCGAGAGGACAUUCAACCUCAAGUUCAUCUCCCCCUUCACGCAGUUCAACAUCACGCGGGCCUCCAACGUGGAGAUCAACGAGGGGGCGCGCCAGCGCAUCGAGGAGCUGAACUUCCUGGACGUGCAGCUUUACGAGUUCGCGAAAGAUCUCUUCCAGCAGCGCUACCACCGCACCAAGCAGCUGGCGCACCAGCGCGAGCGGCAGAAGAGGAGGGAGGAGCGCCGGCUGCAGCGCGAGUCCAGGGGCCGCCGGUGGCCCAAAGAGGACGGCAACACGGAGGGCGCCGUCACCGAGGACUACAACAGCCAGGUGGUGAGAUGGUGACCCCCUGCGCUCUCCUCCCUCCGCGGCGGGAGGCUGAUCAGGUGCACUGACCUUCCUAGGUGGCAUUGCCUUGGAGACUGCUGCUGGGCCAUUCUGAAGGCAGCUGGCCGUGGGCAGCUUGAGCUGGACACAUCCCAUGCUUCCUCUUUGUCUUCAUAUUACCCAGAAGGAGAUGACGAGGCUUAUUCUUUUCCUCCUGACAUUUUCCAGUCUGGGGUAUUAAGUGGGGCAAGAAUGCAUCCAGUGUGGAUUGCGCUGGAAGGUCGAGGAGGGAGGUGCCAACGAGGCAACGGUCCUUGCCAUCUCCCCCGCAGUGGCACAGGUUGUGUAGUCCGGGCGACUGGCAGCCGCAGAGGCAGACAUGAAAAGCCGAAUGGUGGCUUGGAUGUUCUGCCGAAACUGGUGUGUUUCAUACUGUCUCUGUAAUGGAAAUACUGGCCUGUUUCAAGAGCGAGGGAACAAGACGCCCCUCUCAACCCUUUGAUGAGGUUUUCGGCCAGCCCUCACUUUGCUGUUGGCUGUCAUCUCUGAACUCUGUUCGAAUGUGGUUUCAAUCAUAAGAAGAGGAGUGUGUUUUGUUGCAGUCUUUCAAAGCGAGAUUUUUCCACUCUUGACCAUCACUAGAGACUCACAUCGCACAAAGCCCUGCGUCCUAGCCCUGAACCAUGUUUCCUUCCCCCUUUCUUUUUAGGGAAUGGCGAGACAGGGGUGCCUGUGGCCCCGUUGGUAGGGGCGUUUGGGGGAAAACGUGCUUAUUAACUACUAAUGCCUAAGGAGACCACAAGUUACCAGGUUUUAUUUGCGAUGUAAGGGAUGAAUGCUGAGGGGGAAGCGAGCGGGAAGAUGAACACAUGUCUACCAUUUCCAAACUGGCUACAGAACUUCGUUUUAUUCUUUUUUUAAAGAGCAUUUCAGAGUUUUUCGUUUUUGGAGCUGUCAUCUUCUUUGAUAGGGUACUGCCGGGCUUGAAUUCUGCUGUCACAGAGGGAGAGACAUUUCAAAGGAAUUGGGUCUGAAGAUGGGAGCUUCGCGAGGAGGCACACGAAAAGUCCCUAAAUAAAUAGUAAUUUUGAUUUAGGCCAGGAGAUAUGGAACACAAGGGGAUGGUUAUCCCAGGAGUUUAAAAAGACUCUGUCUCCAAAAGUCUUGAAUAUGCCUAGCCUGAUAACCUUUUCCUCCCUCCCUCCAUGGACUCCACCUGUUGCUAGACUGUGGCUACGGCUGGCGAAUCUGGCUACACUCACAAGGGUGUCCAACCUGUGGCCCGUGGGCUGCACGCAGCCCAGGAUAGCUAUGAAUGGGGACCAACACAAAAUCGUAAAUUUACUUAAAAUGAUAUGAGAUUUCUUUUUCAUUAGUGUUUGUAUCUUUAACGUGUGGCCCAAGGCAACUCUUCAUCUUCCGGUGUGGCCCAGAGACACCAAAAGUUUGGACACCCCUGGUAAGAGUGUAUGAAACCGAUCCAAAAAAAAAAAAUGCCCCGCAUCGCCGAGUGUUUCUUAUUUUCACCUUUUUUCCAGUCACCACUACAAUAAUACAGAGUGGUUUUUUUUUUAAUGAUAAGGGGAGACAAAUGGGAGAGGAAAUAGACGGCCCUUGCCUCCCCUGCAGGAGGAGGAUCAGAGUGAGUAAGAGAAGUUUCACAGCAGAUUGAUCUGAUCAACCCCCUCAAGGAGCCGAAGGCAAAAUGAGUGCAACUCCUAAAUCAGAUUGAAAAGCCUAUUUCAUUGAUAUCCCACGUGUUUGAUGUUAAAGCCAGCUUUGUCUGAGCCUCAUCUCAGCCUCCAGAACACUCUCUCCGGGGUUGAGAGUCCAUCAACCCACCGGCAUCCAUGGAGAGCCUGCCUGUGUGGAGCGGGGCCUGGUGCCUCCAUCAGGGAGAGAUCUGGGAAGGUUGCUUAGGGACGUCUCUCCCUACCCUUGGUGUCAUCUGUCAUGCGAGGGAAGUCCCUUUUGCCAGGAACUGCGGGAGGCCCGUGUCCUACCUUAAAUCUCUUCACCACCAGUUAUAUUUUAUUAGUCCCAAUUUCAUAGAUGAGUAAAGGGAAGCCCACGGACAAUAAGUAGUUUCUCGUGAAUCGUGCGCUAGGUCUGGCGGACUGCAAAGUGCAAGCUCUCUGUGCUCCUUCGUGGUUUCCACGCGGGAUAAAAGCUUCCCGCCAAGCACGCAAGAAUCCAGCCGCUCUUGCCCAGGAACGUAUGUCUCUGUCCCAAUGGAUGGCACAACUGUGACAGCACCAAGUUGGCAGUGACCCAGAGCCAUCCGGCAGUGGGUGAGUCUGGCCCUUUCCACAUCACCGACCUAUCAGUGAGCUCAGAGACUGGUGAUUUUUUAGGCAAUUGUGCUUUUGAGCUAUACAUAAAGGUGAGUUAAAGGGGCCAAGGACAUACAGGGUCUGGCACAAAUAAUGCCCCCUUUUUAUUAUAAA